AUGCAAGAGGCCGGUUUGCCGCACAAGACUGAAGAUGAGCUUGUGACUGAAGAGCAGAAAAAAACACUGUUGGCCUACCUGCAAAAGAGCCACGGCGCGUCUGAUAGCGGUGAGCGUAAGAUUACUUUAAAGCGCAAAAGCAGCAGUACCUUAAAGGCUGGGCAGGGUCGUGCGGGACGAAAUGUAACCGUUGAGGUGCGUCGUAAGCGCACUUAUGUGAAAGGCGGCGAAGCUGCAGCGCAGCCAGACGCAGACACGCCGCCAGCAGUGGCUGAUUCUUCCCAGGCUGAAGCGGAAGCUGCGCGUAUCCGGGAGGAAGAAGCGGCACGUGCUAAAGCCAAUGAGGACGCGCGUAACGCUGAGGUCGAGCGUAAAGCGGAAGCUGAACGAAAAGCCGAAGAAGAGCGCCUUAAAGCUGAAGAAGCGGCUCGCCAGGCAGAACAGGAACGGCUUGCCAAAGAGGCAACAGAAAAGUCGGCGGCGAAGCCGGAAGCACCCGCAGAUCCCGCCGCCGCCGCUGCUGAAUUGCAAGCCAAAGAGCAGGCUGAGCAGAAAGGUGGAAAGCGCGGUAAAGCUAAAGAAAAAGAACGACGCGAUGCGCCAGGUUCACGCAGCGGAGGUGGUAAAGGCCGCCGCGAGCUGUCGCUUAAGAGUGAGCGCCGUACCAAACGCAGACCUUCUCAUCGCCAGAGCGCCCUGCACGUUGAAACCCAGGGUGGUGAGUUCAAGCCAACAGAGUUUAUCUCUCGUGAAGUAGAGGUUGGUGAAGUUAAUUCCGUUGCUGAUCUGGCGUCGCGCAUGGCGAUCAAAGCGUCAGAAGUUAUCAAGACACUGAUGGGCAUGGGGGUCAUGGCGACCAUUAAUCAGACGCUUGAUCAGGAUACUGCAACCCUCGUGGUUGAAGAGAUGGGUCACAAAGUCAAAGUAGUCAGCGACGAUGUGUUGGAAGAGAAGCUGGAAGCUUCACUCAAAAUUGAAGGUGAUACGGAGCCACGGGCACCGGUAGUCACCGUGAUGGGUCACGUCGACCAUGGCAAAACAUCAUUAUUGGAUUACAUUCGUCACACGCGUGUGACCAGCGGUGAAGCCGGUGGCAUCACUCAGCAUAUUGGUGCCUACAGUGUUGAAACCAAAGGCGGCCAAGUUACCUUUAUUGAUACACCCGGCCACGCCGCGUUUACCUCGAUGCGUGCACGCGGUGCCAAAGUCACCGAUAUCGUGAUUCUGGUGGUUGCCGCUGACGAUGGUGUGAUGCCUCAGACAGAAGAGGCGAUUCAGCACGCAAAAGCUGCUGAAGUGCCAAUUAUUGUUGCCAUAAAUAAAUGUGAUCUUGAAUCAGCUGAUCCUGACCGUGUCACAAACGAACUUGCAGCUAAAGACGUGGUACCGGAAGAGUGGGGUGGCGACACUCAAUUUGUGAAAGUGUCCGCAAUUACCGGUGAAGGGGUGGACAGGCUGCUUGAAGCGAUUGUGCUGCAAUCAGAAAUUAUGGAAUUAGGCGCUAUUGCCGAGGCGCCCGGUCAGGGCGUGGUUAUCGAAUCCCGCCUGGAUAGAGGGCGCGGACCGGUUGCUACAGUUCUGGUACAGAACGGUAGUCUGAAGCAGGGUGAUGUAAUUAUUGCCGGUGAGUGUUUUGGACGCGUGCGCGCAAUGCUGGACGAUACCGGUCAGCCGACUAAAUCUGUCGGCCCGUCUCAACCAGUGGAAGUGCUGGGUUUAAAUGGCACGCCUGCCGCGGGUGACGACUUCUCGGUUGCCACUGAUGAGCGAUCGGCUCGUGAGUUGGCCGAGUUCCGUGCAGAUAAGAGUCAGGAGCGCCGUCAGGCUACUCAGCAGGCGGCGAAGUUGGACAACAUGUUUGCCAACAUGGUGGAAGGCGAGAAACGCAUUCUCAAACUGGUGAUCAAAGGUGAUGUGCGCGGCAGUCUUGAAGCCAUUAUCCAGGCCCUCGCAGAUUUGGGUAACGAUGAGGUCGGCGUGCAGGUUCUGGGCUCCGGUGUUGGUGGUAUAUCCGAAUCAGAUGCCACAAUGGCGGUCACCUAUGGUGCCGCGGUGUUUGGUUUUAACGUCCGGGCUGACAAAGCAGCAAAAACUCUGCUCGAAAAAGAAGGUAUAGAUCUGCGUUAUUACAGCGUGAUCUACGAAUUGAUCGACGACGUUCGCGCGGCUCUGUCCGGCAUGUUAUCGCCAGAAAUUCGUGAAGAAAUUGUUGGUAUUGCCGAGGUGCGGGAUGUGUUCCGUUCACCUCGUUACGGCGCCAUCGCCGGCUGUAUGGUCACUGAAGGCUCAGUUCAUCGGAACAAGCCGAUUCGUGUAUUGCGCGACAAUGUCGUGAUUUACGAAGGAGAGCUGGAGUCUCUGCGUCGUUUUAAAGACGAUGUGAAUGAUGUUCGAGCCGGUACAGAAUGUGGUAUCGGUGUGCGCAACUACAAUGACGUACGUCCGGGUGAUCAGAUAGAAGUCUUCGAUGCCAAAGAAGUGAUGCGUGACCCUCGCGUUGGCUCCUUUGUCAGCGUGAACGACGUGAAAGUCAGCAAAGACCUGUCCUAUGCUGAGAUCUAUGUUUCUUCACUGCAGGUAAACGAACCUGCGGAACAGGAAGCGUUGAUAAAAGUGUUAAAUGAAGGCCCGCGCAUUGAGAAGCUCAUCGGUACCGCGAUGGCGUCCGUGCCGGCUAACGAUAGUGAUGAGGAUGGCAUCUCAUCCAGUGAUGCCGUGCAGCAGGUGAAGCGCUUGUAUGGCGCUCAGAAAGUGGGACACACGGGCAGUCUGGACCCUUUGGCUACCGGCGUUUUGCCCAUGUGCUUCGGCGAAGCGACAAAAUUUUCGCAGUAUCUUCUCGCUUCAGAUAAAAAGUACUGGACUCGGAUUAAGCUAGGCGUGGCGACCGAUACCGGCGAUGCAGAUGGUGACGUGCUUGAGACCAGGCCGGCGGAUCACAUCAGCGCGGUUGAUGUGGAAGCCGCGUUGCCAACCUUCCGCGGCGAAAUUCAGCAGGUACCCUCCAUGUACUCUGCGCUGAAACAUAAUGGUCAGCCGUUGUACAAGCUGGCACGCCAGGGCAUAGAAGUUGAGCGCGAAGCCCGAUGUAUAUCAGUGUUCAGCAAUGAACUGGCCGGGUUUUCUAACGCGGAUGGCGUCGUCGAAGUUGAGCUUGAGAUUCACUGCAGCAAAGGUACUUACAUCCGUACCAUCGCUGAAGAGCUGGGCGCACAGUUAGGUGUUGGCGCUCAUGUUACGGCAUUACAUCGCCGAGCAGCGGGUCCUUACACUGAACAGGACAUGGUUGAAAUCGACGAGCUAGGUAAACUUCGUGAUGAAGACGUUUCUUUAGACAAGUUUCUACGGCCCAUCGCCAGCACGGUGGGUCAGUGGCCAGAGGUAGUGUUAACCGAUGCAACGGCGUUUUAUGUGCGCCAGGGGCAGCCGGUACAAAUUCCUCAUGCUCCAACAAGUGGUUGGGUCAGGCUAAGCGAAAGCAGCAGCGGCAAGGACAAUCUGUUCCUUGGCGUUGGUGAAGUGCUGGAUGACGGGCGCGUUGCGCCAAGACGAUUGGUGGCCACUCAAUAA